AUGAGGGGAAUGCGCAGCCUGCUCGGCAUGGGCCUCCUGCUGGCUUUCGCAGUGGCAAGUGCCGUGGCGGAGCGCCACGUGGUGACGUUUGCUCCGGGCGACGCCCCUGCUGUUGAAGCGCAGCUCAUCGCCGCCGGCUUUUCAGUGGCGCUGCGCGGCCCCGGGUUCUUUGCAGUGGAGCCCUGGGGUGUUGCAGAAACAGCGGCCGCCUAUGCUGGGGCGAAGGAGGCGGCGCGCGGCGCGGCGCGCAGCAGCACGGCCUCGAGCCUGCUGUCACUCGAUGGCGUCACCAGCGCCGAGGCCGACCGCAUUCAAGCCAGCAUGGACGGCAACCUCACAGAUGCGGAGGCGUCCGCGUCCCACAUCGCCGGCGCCGGCGGCUGGCUGCUGGAGAGCGGCCAGCGCGGCGACAGCGGCCCGCCUGUCGAUUGCGCGGCGCGUGACAAGCCCCUAGGGUACAAGCCGUUCCCCGAGAUUGAGGCGUACCACAUCCCGCAGGUGAGCCUGGGGCAGGUUUACGGCACCUGA